AUGCACGCGGCUUUUGCAUUGCUCGCCGCCGCGUCCCUGGCCGCAACGCCGGUGGUGGCUGUGUCGACGCGCAGGUUCCGUCAGGUAACACCCUCCUUCCCCGUCGACCUCGAGUCCUCGCGUCUGGCAACACUAAAACAAACAGGCGUCCUCGGGUAUGCUUGCGUCCAACGGUGUAACGCCCACAAGUGCUGCCACCUCGCCUGUCAGUCUGCUUCGGAGUGUUACUUGUUCAAGGCGAAAGUGUCCGAAGCCUGGCCAGGCUUUGACGACCCCUCUGCCCUCAGCUUCGACACAUGCUUCACUGCCUGGUUCACGAACCUGCGUCGGAUCCUUCCCGUCGCCACGACUGCUUCGUCCACUAGCGACGGUUCGAGCAGUGACAACGCAGUGAAAGGUUACAUCAGUAAGAAUCUCACGCACUGUUUUGUUUCCGGGCUCGAGACCAGCCCGACGUGGAGGGCUCAUUUGGGUGUUUCGAAGAAGGUUGCUCAGGUUCGGGUGCAUGUACGACAGGACGAUACUAUUGGAGGAUUCUUGGACGUCGAAGCUCGCCUGGGUGACUCGCCAGUCUACGAGGACAAUGCUGUAUUUGAUUUCAAAACUGGUGAGCCUGUCGUGAAUGCAGAGGUCCUGUUUACACCCUCUGAACCCUCAAGCGGGCAGUAUUUCUUUCUCCGGAGUCAAGGAUCCUCAUCUGAUAAAAAACUGGCUUUCUGCAGCAUUGAAAUUCUAGAGCAAGAACUGGAUCCAAUGUUCAGAAACUGCAAGGAUGUAUACAACCACGGCAAUCACAAGAGCGGCGUGUACACUAUAUAUCCCUACACGGACUGCCUGGACCCCGUUAACGUGUACUGCGACAUGGACACGGACAAGGGCGGGUGGGCGGUCAUCCAGAGACGCCGCGACAUCACGCCGAGGAUCGACUUCAACCGCACGUGGGACGAAUACGCACGAGGCUUCGGGGACAUUGCAAAAGGAGAGUUUUGGCUCGGGAACGAGCACAUCCACGCCCUCACGGACCAGACGACCAACGAGCUCCGGGUCGAUCUGGAGGACUUCACUGGCGGAUCUCAGUGGGCCAAGUACAGCAGCUUCUUCCUGGACGACAGCGACCAUUUCUUCACCAUGAGCCUAUCGGGGUUCACAGGGAACUCGUCUGACUCCCUCAGUUAUCACAAUUACCACAGGUUCUGGGCAAAUGAUAGCGGCGGUGUUGGAGGAAACUGUUCUUUAAAAUAUGGCGCCGGCUGGUGGUUUCGUACCUGUUACUAUGUUUGCCUCAACAGAGAUUUCUCCGGUAUCAAGUGGGGUGGGUAUCCAAAGUCUUUGAAUGCUACGACCCUCUUAAUUCGACCCGUCAGUUGAAGGCUAUCGGACUGGGUGCUUUUCAUCCUGCGUGUUCGUUCAUAUUUGGCUUAUGAGUAAACAAAAAUUGUUAAAGUGAGUGGCUGUCGUGUUUCGCAAAAUUGUCCUCUUUCAUAUUUGGCUAAUGAGUAAAGAAAAUAGAAAUUGUUAAGCUGAAUGACUGCCAUGAUUCUCUAAAUUAUUGUUAUUUGGUCAAUUAGUAGAGAAAAUAAAAAAGUGUUAAGUU